AGGUAUCUUAAGAAACAGAAUAUAGCGACUGAGACUUAACUAGAGAAAGUGUUUCUGCAUCAUUGAGAGUGAAAGACGACGCGGGGUGAGGCUCGGGGACAUUAAAGUUGAGGGCCCAAGUUAAAGCAGAGCACAGUGUCGGGGCUCCUCAGUGCAUGUGGUGGGGGGAGCAGGUGGGGAGCAUCCACGUGCUGAAUGAACCCUGUCAGCACCGGAGAGUACCACGGGCUACGGGUAGGCUCAGCCCUGCUCAGCAUUGUGGCGGGCUGCAUCAUCAUUGGGGUAUCCAGGGAAUGCGAUGCUGAUGCAGUCGGAGGUAUCUUCCUGGGAGCGGGGGGCCUCGGCCUGCUAAUAGCAAUCUACCCCUUCAUAAAAGCUUGGCUGAACAUCAACCACAUCCUUCCAUCCUUUCCGAACUUCAGAGUGCACCCCGCGCCUGCCAAUCCUGCUCCCGAUCAGCCAGUUGAGACACUGAGACGAGAAGGGACUCACAGUCAGAUUAAUCUGGAACGGUCUAAGAGUCGUAUGGGAACCUUUGUGGAGGCUGGAACAAUAGCUGAAGCCAACCCGGAUGAGGGGACUUCUGCGGACAUGCCGGAUGUCUUAUCGAGACGGAAACUAAAACCUUCAGAUCAAGAUCUGCCAUGAGGUCAUCACGUAGCAAGACUGGCCGCUCCAUGUGAAGGAAGCCGGAUGCAGAAGGUUGCAACUUCUGCAGAAGAAGCUUAAUUUUUCUGUAUUGAUCUUCCUUCACACUUAGUACA